AUGCUACCAGGGGCGCAUUCUCGUCUAGCAAACGAUACAAGAAACCGGCGUCAGAUACGUCAUGAGAAAGUCAUCUGGGAACGAAGCGAGCGCGCGCGGAAGCGUUUUUGCGACGGCACCCGCCAGUUCCUGGCGCCCUGGUACUUGCUUUGUCUUAUUAGGGAGGUGAUUGAAAUCCGGUUAGAAGCGAAUCUCGUAAAAAAGCUGUACGAAUCGAGAAGUGAAGUUAAUUUCUACACACCGCACCCAAAAUGUAAAGCGAAAUUACUCAUGCAACAUUCAGUCGGCGACGUAACCUUCACUCUUAACGGUCUUUUCGCCACUAAAACCGAAGCUACUGAGGUUGGCAUACUCAUGGGGUACGCAGGAGGAUGGGGGAACGAGAAUCACAAACUGCAAGCGGCCUGUGAGACCGCACGUCCA